CACGUGGUUGAUAAUAACAUGGGGUGGACUGGAGGGGGCGGUGGUGGACUGUCAGAGAAUACUAACAUUAUAACACAACGCUGAAGAGUAAUGACUCAUCUCGCGGGGUUUAAUCGUUAAAUUGUGCUUUUUAAAAAAAACACAACUGCCUCAGUGUGACGUCAUCCCACAGGCGACCUUUGGUUCGGUUGUCGUCGAGACCCCGGGGAGGAGCAGCUAAUGCUAACGUUAGCUGAAUUAGCUCAGUGACGGUAGCCAUCAGGAAGCGAAGUGUCAGCGCUCUGAACCGGGACGAGGAGAAGCCAGUCCGCGGUCAUGGCUGCCCUCGGUAACUCGGGGGCCUCUUCCAGUCCCAUGGUGAUCCUGGCGCCCAAGACAAAAACGAAAAAGAAGCACUUCGUACAGCAGAAGGUGAAGGUGUUCCGAGCCAGCGACCCCGUCCUGAGCGUCUUCAUGUGGGGCGUCAAUCACUCGAUCAAUGAUCUCAACCAGGUGCCUGUUCCUGUCAUGCUGCUUCCCGAUGACUUCAAAGCCAACACCAAGAUCAAAGUCAACAACCACCUCUUCAACAAAGAAAAUCUUCCGGGACAUUUCAAGUUCAAAGAAUACUGUCCUCAAGUCUUCCGAAAUCUAAGAGAACGUUUUGGGAUCGAGGAUCUGGACUAUCAGGUGUCAUUAACCCGCAGCUCCCCAAUGAGGAGUGCAGACGACCAGGGAGACUGUCUGCUGCUCAACUCGUACGACCGCACGCUGGUCAUCAAACAGAUCUCCAGCGAGGACGUCGCAGACAUGCACAGCAUCCUGUCCGAGUAUCACCAGCACAUCGUGAAGUGUCACGGCAGCACCCUGCUGCCUCAGUUCCUCGGUAUGUACCGGGUGAGUGUAGACAACGAGGAGACCUACCUGAUCGUGAUGAGGAACAUGUUCAGCCACAGACUGCUUGUGCACAGGAAGUACGACCUGAAGGGCUCUCUGGUGGCGCGUGAAGCAAGCGACAAAGAAAGGGGAAAAGAGCUUCCUACCUUCAAGGACAUGGACUUCAGGAACAACAUGCAGAAGGUGUACGUCACCGACGAGCAGAAGGAGAAGUUCAUGGAGAAGCUGAACAGAGAUGUGGAGUUCCUGGUGAAGCUGAAGAUCAUGGACUACAGCCUGCUGCUCGGCAUCCACGACGUAGGUCGAGCGGAACGAGAUGACGAAGAAGGCGAGGAGGUUUCCAACGAGGAAGACCCCGAGGCGGAGAACGGCUUGGCGGCGGGCGCGACGGCGGGCUCCUACGGCACGUCUCCGGAGGGAAUAGCCGGCUACAUGUCGGCCUACAAACCUCUGGGACCCGGGGAGUUUGACCCCUACGUGGACGUGUACGCGGUCAGCAGCUGUGCAGGAGCCCCUCAGAGGGAGGUCUAUUUCAUGGGUCUGAUUGACGUACUUACUCAGUACGACACCAAGAAGAAAGCCGCUCACGCUGCAAAAACUGUCAAACACGGGGCGGGUGCUGAGAUCUCCACGGUCCACCCCGAGCAGUACGCCAAACGAUUUCGCGACUUCAUCUCAAACAUUUUUGCGUAAUGAACUCUACUGUAAGUCGACACAACUGACGGCUCAAAGUCGAUUUUAUGACCAAACGUAGUCUGCACACACAGAUCAUCAUGUGCGUGAUCUGAGGGCCACACGACUUGUAGCAAUAUGACGUACUUGUACUUCUGAUGCCUCUAUUUAUUUUAAAGAUUAAAGAAGCAUUUCUAACGGGGAUGAAGCGCUCGUCCACGCUGACUCCGGAGCAGCCGGAGGGUUCAUGCAGACAAACUGCUGCUGAUCACUGAUCUUCAGUGUGAGAUCAAAUAUCUCUCUCUCGUCUGGUUCCCCGGGCGAGGACUGAACUUUAAGAGUUUGACAUUUUUAGAAGUGUGUUUGUUUGUUUUCUUGCCAAAAGUAAGAAGAGAGGAUACAAACUCUGCUGUGUGUGUGUGUGAGGGAGAGAGAGAGAGUAUGUGUGUUAAAGGUUUCCUUCAGAGUGCGUGGUUUCUGUCUACAUAGAUCUACACAUACACAGUCCUGCUUAUGAUGUCACACUAUUCCUUUGAUCUAUGCAUGGAGAUAACAUGCCAAAUGUGCCAAAAACAGAAACAUUUAGAAGACUGCAAGCCCGUGAAUAUGUGUGUUAAUCAUGUUCAUCAAAAUGCCUCUAAAACAACGAGGUGAUUCGGCUCUGUGAUGGGGUUUGUCCUCAUACUAGACCUUUAAACUUUGAUAUGCUUCCAGUAAAAAUCCAUCGAUACCUGCAACACAAAGACAUUCAGGGUGACCCAAAUUAAAAAAAAAAAAUCUUGAUUUUAAUGACUUAAAAUUGCAUUAGCGUCUAAAAUUGCAGAAAUACGUUGGAAACUUCUCUGUGUGCUCUCUUUCUCUCUUUCGCCCGCUCAGUAUUGAAAAGCAUUAAUAAUAUUGACACCCUAACGUUCAUCGACUAUUAAUCUGCACAUUAAUAAUGUAAAAACUUGAUAGUUGUUUUUGAACGUGUGCAGGGAAAAGCAGCACGUCCUUAUUAAUAUCUGGAAAUAGCAAAUAUUUAGAUUCUCUGCUUGAAAAUGAUCUGAUAUUCCUUCCCCUUUAAAUAUUAUUUUGAUUUUGCCUUUAUUGAUACAAGCACUGUUGUUUAUCUGAACGCAGAUAUCAUGAAGCGAUCUGUUCGACCUUCUCUCAGUGCGCUCGUUCACAAACAUAAACACCAGGAGACAGGUAGCAUAUGUUCGCUUAAACACUGAAACAGGAGAAAUGGUUAGCUUGGCUCUGUCCAAAACAGUAAAAAUAAAAUGUCCUCUAGCACUUCUAAAUUAAUAUAAUGUAUCUGACUAACCCUAGCUGUACAAAAACACUAAAAUGUCAAACAGAGUCAGGCUAGCUGUUUAACUUGUAUCAGUGAUGACCUUUUCUUCUUUUACUGGCAAGAAAACAAAUAAACUUUACUUAUAAAUAAACUACUGUUCCUCAUUUUGUCCUCUCUCUGCAGUCACCUUGAAUCAAGAAGGAUAUUUUAAAAUAAUAACACUUGAGAGAUGAUGAAUACUUAUCUACUGACGCAGGCCAUUUGGAUGUUCUGAGUGCCAAACGUGUGGGAUCAAAGCUUUUUUUUACCCUGCAGGGAUUUUUUGCACUUAGCAUAAAUUAAAUAAAUUCUGUUGUCUGCAGAACAUUUACAUUAAAGACUUUCUAAACCAAUCAAAAUCCUGUUUUCCACCAAAGUCUCGACUAAAUUUAAAAAGAAGACGGUACAGACGAGUUGUUGUUUUUAAACAGGGAAGAUAAAAAUGUGUGGUAUUUAAAAAAAGACAGCAUAUCUUCUUAUUGAGCCUGUAAACGUUUGCAGCAUCUCUCGGCUGCUGAAGCCUGAACGGGGGGACUGUGAGGUGGGCGACCGAGCGUUUGAGUUGUAUUCGCAGAGCUGCGUCUGCAUCGAUAACGUGACCUUUUCUAAGUGUUAGGAUCAGGCCUGCCGUCAGCGUUCAGUUCAUCAGAACACCCACCCACCAUCUCACUCUGGACGGACUCCCUAUAAUGUGCGCUAAACGGCUAAUGUGCGCCAAGUGGAUCGUCGGGUUUAGGGAGCUGUUGUCUGUGUAUUGUAAUAAUGACAUUGAGUAAUAACCAGGGUACUGUGUUAAACAUUACUGACAAUAACAACACUACAUUUCAGUAGCUUCUGAAGUUAGCCUUAACCCAGUGACAUGAUGCAGCUGAACACUGGCUGGUCUCUGUCGAUACAGUUCACUCUGUACCAUGAAGGCCUCAUCUACUCCAUGAUUGCACAUGUUGUAUUUUUUUUUUUUUUUGCAAAUCAGCUUUUGGACCAAAAAUAUAUUUUACAAAGAAUUCUGAAA